GGCCACCAUACCUUAAACAAAACUUUAGCUAAGUUGAGCAGCCUCCAACUACAUUAAUCCCUUAUCUCGACGUACACCAACUUAUCUCAUCUUCCAUGGAGGCCAAGUCUGAAGAUACUUAUUAUCUCACAAUUGGGCUUUUGAAUAACAACAAUAAGAAUAUAAAUGAUGGGGUCAGUGUUGCUGUUGCUGAAGAAACAAAUGGUAGUUAUAAGUCAUUUAUAAGUCAAGCUACAGGGGGGACUACAUCAUUCUUCAAGACAGCCUUCAAUGGUCUUAAUGCCUUGUCAGGAGUUGGGAUACUGUCAACACCCUAUGCAUUAGCAUCAGGAGGAUGGUUGAGCUUGAUACUCUUGUUCAUUAUUGCUAUUGUCACCUUCUACACAGCCUUGUUGAUUCAAUCAUGUAUGGAUGCUGACUCGAGUAUUCGGACUUACCCUGACAUCGGGGAACGGGCAUUCGGGAAAAAGGGCAGAGUUCUCGUAUCGACUUUUAUGAAUUUAGAACUCUACUUGGUGGCCACAGGGUUCUUGAUUUUAGAAGGAGAUAAUUUGAAUAAUUUGUUACCAGAUAUGGGAUUUGAAUUUAAUGGUUUUAGAGUUGGAGGAAGGCAAAGUUUUAUAAUCAUUGUGGCUCUUGUUAUACUUCCCACAAUCUUGUUAAACAACAUGGGCCUUCUUUCUUAUAUUUCUGCAACUGGAGUCGUCGCCUCAUUUGUGAUUCUUGGCUCCAUUUUUUGGACCGGAGCGUUUGAAGAUAUUGGGUUUCAUGAAAAGGGGGAGUUACUGAAUUUAAAGGGCAUCCCUGCUGCUAUUAGUUUGUAUGCCUUCUGUUAUUGCGCUCAUCCGGUUUUUCCCACCCUGUACACUUCUAUGGAGAAUAAGAAGAAUUUCUCCAAGGUCAUGUUCCUGACCUUUCUCCUCUGCACCAUCACUUAUGCAUCAAUAGCAGUGUUCGGUUACCUUAUGUUCGGGUCCAUGCUAAAGUCACAAAUAACCUUAAACCUUCCUAUCAAUAAAAUUAGCUCAAAAAUCGCCAUAUACACCACUCUGGUCAAUCCCAUCGCCAAGUAUGCCUUGAUAUUAACUCCAAUUGUUCACACCAUUGAGAACCGUUUCCGAUCUUUCUGCAAAAAGAAACCUAGUGUCUUCAUUCGGACGACCCUGCUGACCAGCACUGUCAUUGUAGCACUGGCCUUCCCUUUCUUCGGAUUGCUCAUGUCCCUUGUUGGCGCAUUCCUCAGCGUCACAGCUUCAAUAUUACUCCCCUGCUUGUGCUACUUGAAGAUAUCGGGUGCUUAUCAGAGACUUGGCUAUGAAGUUGGAAUUAUAUGGUGCAUUCUGGUUUUCGGAGUUGCAGUUCUUGUAAUUGGCACUUACACGGCUCUUGUGGAGAUUAUAGCUCAGUUGUAAGCAAUUUUGUUAUAUAUCUAGACAUGAAGCUCGGUAGAUUGCUGAUUAGCUAUUCUUA